AUGAUGAGAUUAUUACAUUCAGAAUUAGUGUGGCAACGAAUUCGGGAUAGACCAGCGUGGAACACAACAGAUGGACAGUUUAUGCUUACAUUUGUCCAUCGGUUUACUGAGCCCAAGGGGGGCACAACAUUUUUUGCAUUUUGCUAUCCGUGGACCUAUUCGGACACGCAAGCUCAAUUAGCCUAUCUGGAAGUGUUUUUCCGAGAUCAACUUUUGGCUUUCCAAAUGUCUUCCAUGCAUGGUGAAUUGGAUCUGAAUGACGGUGUGGAUUCUGUCAUGGGAAACUCAAGCCCCACUUUGUCUAACCAGUCUGUUAAUCAACAAAUAGUGAAAAAGGUUUAUUUUUAUCGGGAGUUGCUAUGCUACAGUCUCGAAGGUCGCCGAAUUGAUCUCGUUACUUUGACAGACUGGUCAGGCCGUCUGGACAUUCGAGAAGACUACUUUGAUCCUCUUCUGUUCCCCAAUCGUAGCCAGCCGAGACCAUGGAGGUUUGCAGGGAAAAAGGUUGUCCUGAUUACAGCAAGAGUACAUCCGGGUGAGACACCUUCAAGCCAUGUAUUUAACGGAUUAUUAGAACUAUUACUACGACCUCAUGAUGCCCGGGCUUGCCAGCUGCGCCGACAGUAUGUAUUCAAGUUGAUCCCGCUGCUCAAUCCAGACGGUGUGUUCUUGGGUCACUAUCGGACCGAUACGCGGGGAGUCAAUUUGAACCGUGUGUAUCUGGCCCCGGAUUUCCUUUACUAUCCAUCGAUUUACGCGUGUAAAGCCCUAGUCGUUUAUCAUCACACCCAUUACGCAACAAAGUCUCCCUAUGCCAACUUCCUGGAUGAUUUCUUGCUUUUACUUCCAUCUCAGUGUGAGGUUGUAAGNNNUAAAUGUCACAAAAGUCUUCGUACGGUACAAUCGCCCACAUUGACAUCUACCGUGACCAGUCAGUCGACAAUAGUUGAACAAACACCUACUCUCCGAAACGGUCCCAUAUCUAUCACCCCGACUGGUGAACCGGCAAGCAAUGUGAGUAUUUAUUUCACUACUUGGUGCGUAUCAUUUUUUUCAGACAUUGGGAGAAGAACAAGAAUCUCAUUUUUACUCUUUUUGCAUACGUCUCUNUCUCUCUCUAUAUAUAUAUAUAUAUAUAUAUAUAUAUAUAUAUACCGAUGCGACCCACUGGGUUUAAAGUAG